AUGGAGCAGCCUCAGUGCAAGAGCCCAGGGAUGUUGGAAGCGUUGCGCCGCUGCAAGUUGAGUAUCCGGGGAGCGCAGGAAGAUGAGCCUCCUGACCCGCAGCUGCUGCGACUGGACAACAUGCUGCUGGCCGAGGGUGUGGCCGGGCCGGAGAAAGGCUCCGCCUCCGCCUCCACUGCCGCAGCCGCCGCUGCUGCUGCCACCGGGGGCGCGGCCACCGACAACUCCGCGGAGCACACGGACUACCGGGCCAAGCUGACGCAGAUCCGACAGAUCUACCACACCGAGCUGGAGAAGUACGAGCAGGCCUGCAAUGAGUUCACCACGCAUGUCAUGAACCUGCUGCGGGAGCAGAGCCGGACGCGGCCCAUCUCCCCGAAGGAGAUUGAGAGGAUGGUCAACAUCAUUCACCGCAAGUUCAACUCCAUCCAGAUGCAGCUGAAGCAGAGCACGUGCGAGGCAGUGAUGAUCCUACGCUCGCGGUUCCUGGAUGCACGGAGAAAAAGGCGUAACUUCAGCAAGCAAGCGACGGAGAUCCUCAAUGAGUAUUUCUACUCCCACCUCAACAACCCCUACCCCAGCGAAGAAGCCAAGGAAGAGCUGGCGAAGAAAUGUAGCAUCACGGUAGCACAGGUAUCAAACUGGUUUGGUAACAAGCGAAUCCGGUACAAGAAAAACAUAGGCAAGUUCCAGGAGGAGGCAAAUCUAUACGCCGCCAAAACAGCGGUAACUGUGACAAACGCGGCGUCUCAAGGAAGUCAAGCCAACUCCCCGUCCACUCCCAACUCCACUGGUACAGAAACACGCUACAGGUCCGUGGGCGCCAAUAGCCCUCCUGCUCCAAGGCCUGCCGCCCGCUCAUCUUGUACGAGCUUAGAGAGUUCGUUGGCCUCGUAUAACCUGCCGAGCACUGGGGACCUGUACAUGGGCAUGCAGGCACUCAACGGCGACACCUACCAGCAGACCCAGGUCGGAGCCAACGUGCAGUCACAGGUGGACUCCCUCCGUCACGUCAUCAACCAGACCGGAGGAUACAGCGAUGCCUUGGGAGCGGGACGGAUGUAUAGUCCACAACCCUUGAAUACCAAUGGCGGCUGGCAGGAUGCAGCCACUCCUUCCUCCGUGACUUCACCAACAGAAGGACCUGGAAGUGUCCAGUCUGAUACCUCCAACUGAUCUGCUAGCAAUGAGGCACCAUGGCAGCCUAUGGGCUUACACACUGCAUUGGCCAAACGGACAGUGGGAAAUGGGGGUGGUGGGAGAUGGGGGAAGGCGCGGGGGGGGGGGGGGUGGUUGGGGUUGGGUUGGGGUUGGGUUGGGGAGGCAGAUCAACCAGACACCCAAUCAGCUUAGUGUUUUUAAUGGUUUAUGGCCAAUUGAGGCAGUCCUUUCAGUACUUUUUCUUUAUCUGGGUAUAGACGCACUGGCCUGGAUGAGCUCAGCUUCAACUACAAUCAAGAAGCUCGGCAUAGUUCACGACAAGACAGUCCACUUCAUUGCCACCCCAUCCAUCAUCAUAAACAUUCCCUCCACCCACCAUUUGUGCACAGUGGCUCCAGUGUGCACCAUCCACAAGAGGCAUCGCCGACACCGCUCCGACUGUACUUGGAGGGGUCGGCACACCAUCUAUGCCCCGACCCCACAAAUGCUGCACAGCAAAAGGCGAGGCCAGCAGAUGCACGGGAGCACCAUCCCAUGCAGGUUCCCCACCAAGUCACCUAGCAUUCUGAUUUGGAAAUAUAUACUGCCACUGUCUUCAUACUUCAUUGUCACUGGGUCUAAAUGCUGGGACCCUCUCCGUGGGCGCUCCUUCACCAGCAGCACCAGUGGUUCAAGCAGGCUCAUCAUCACCGUCUCAAGUGACACCUCCGUACAGAUAAAUUAAUAAAAUGCCCCCAUCUAUUUUGACCAUUGCCAAACCCAUUCCCACUUCCCACCUGACACUGAUCCUAUGCCAUUUCUUGACAUUGCCAACAACCGAUCUCCCCUCCCUAGGAAAUGCAGCCUGUUCAGGCACAUUGAGAGACUGCCUUGAUUUAAUUCAGAUUGAACGAUUUCAGUAAUAGAGUCCUACAGCAAGGAAACAGGCCCUUCGGCCCAACUGUCCAAUGCUGACCACGAUGCCUCAUCAAAGCUAGUCCCAUUUAGCCC